AUGAUAGACACUACACAAACCCUCCAGUUCCGCCUCGCAAACCAGGAUGACGCCUCGCGUAUCCAACAACUAGUACAAUCUUCAUUCCGUACCCAUGACAGUCGACCGGAAUGGACAGGCCUUCUGGAGCUUGCAUCAAGCUUCAGCAUCUCUGUCGAUGAGAUUUCAGCCAACAUCGGCAAGCCAGAUAAUGUCUUCCUCAUGGCGCUCACUUCCCUUGGAGCCGACGGCGACCUCGUGGCCUCGAUCCAGGUCACCAAGCGCGGUGCGGACAUCGGACGUCUGUCCAGGCUCGCUGUCAACGAUCGAUACCAACGUGGUGGUGUUGGUCGGCAGGUCCUCCUCUACGCUGAGGAUUAUUGUCAGCGAACCUGGGGCAUUAGAAAGUUCUCUCUCAACACACUUUCUACACGCCCUGCUCUUAUCGCAUGGUACAUGCGCCGAGGGUAUCAGAAGACAGGCGAGACAUCACCAUUUCCGAUAGAGAGUUUCGCCGCCACACAGCUGCCAGCCGAUUUAUGUUUUAUCGAGUUUGAGAAGAGUCUUGGCUGA